AUGUCUGCUCAAGGUUACUACGAGCAGCAGCCCCAGUACCCGCCCCAGGCUCACGGGUAUCCUCCUCAGCAGGGCGGUUACUACCCGCAGGGCCAGCAGCCCUACUAUCCCCCCCAGCAGCAGGCUGUAAGUUUUGGGUUACCUGUCCAUGCUUUUUGUGUCAAUACUUACGCCGAUUUCCAGCCUUACUACCAGCAAGGCCCUCCCCCUCCCCCGCCGCAACAGAAGAGCGGCGGUGGCCAGGGAUGCCUAGGUGCUUGGUAA